AUGCAUUUCCGCAAUUUCAAUUACGUGACCAUAGCCUCUGUUUCAGCUACAUCUCAUCCUAUCUGAACACUAGUUACAUUUUAUAGAACUUUCUUCGUGUUUAUUCCGUUUCUUCAGAGGCGCAACUGAUAGUACGGCUGACCUAAAAAGAAAACAAACAAUAAACACUAUCCAUAAUCAAUAUUUUUUAAUUUUCUCUUCCCGGAACGCAUUUUUUUCCAUCUACCAAAGCAGGACUGGAAACUAUUUUAAAAUAUUUCUAGGCUUAUCCGAUCCAUAGUCAUAAAAUUGAUACUCAGCCGAUUCUCGCUAGGUUUUCUUUUUCUUCUCUAGUGACCUACAAAAUUUGGCGUGACGUUGUGAUUACGAUGGCCCACUAUUGGGCGAUCCCGUGGACUGUGGGGUUAACACGAGAGGGAAAUAGUAUUCCUUGUUGUCGAAAACUCUCUGGUGCGUGUCCUGUGGGCUAAGUGGAAAGAUUUUCACUUUCACUCAACCUUCGACGGCAGAGGAAAGUGGUUUCGAAUCUUGUUAUUUCAGUUUCGUCGUUUGAGGUUGCACUUGAGGAAACGUCAGGAACAGUUGUUUUGUUUUCAAUUCGUAAGCUGGAACCACUUGCGGCUGCAUAAUACUGCAUAAUACGGAUUAUUUAUUUUCCUACGUUUUGUUUAUGUGCGUCAGGGUUACAAUUCAGUGCAAAGUUUGCUACACUGACUGAAAUUUUACUGAAAUUAAUAUCGAAUGCAAAACGAUGUGUCUUACUAUAAUGCAAUAAUCCUGUAUUAUCGACUUGGUGCCAAAGAACUCAGUAUAACAGAGAACAGUUGUUUGGAUACCGCUCUAUUUUCUAAUACUUAAUCUGUGAAAUACCAAUCUAAGUCCCUGAAAAAUUCAUGUGCAAAGGAACAUCUUUUAUUCAGAGUUUAUUUGAGACAAGAAUUCAUUAUUUUACGUUCUAAAUAAUGCAUAGUGAAAAAAUUGCUUUUAAAUUCUGGUUUAUAUACGGAAGUUUAUUGAACUACCACAUUUUUCAGAAUUAAUUUCUGGAAGCUAAAAGCUGAAUGUUCCCAGCUUUUCUUUAGUUUAAAUAAAAAAUAAAAAACUGCAACUGAAGCUCUCAAAUUUUAAAUUGCACGAAUGACAACUGUUAUGAAAUCAAGAAUGCUUUCUCUCCUAAGUUAUUUGUUUCACUGAAGGAAAUGCUGAAUGCGUUUCUUUAUCAUCAAACUUAUUUAACGAAUUUAGAUGCAAAUUUAUUUGGAUUGAUUCUAAUUUUAGAAUUUCGUCCUCCUGGAUGACAUUAGGAACAAAACCUGUGGGUACAAAGAUCCGAGUGAUGACCUCUUCCACAAGUUGUUGCUGAAAUUUUGAAAACGUUGAAUUUGCUUCACCUAUGAAGUCCGUCGUGUAUCAAGUAGCAUUUUAUUCGCAGUACAAAUUUCAAAAGUUAAAAAGAAUAAUCAUUCGGUUAAAGAUAGAGGCAUUGAUAGAAAUACCUUUCGUAUAUACGCAAAAUAUGACUUAUCAAGUUCAAGGAUUUCCAGUGAAUCCGUAAAACUUGUACCGUUCUGGCAUUUGCAUUAGGUAAAAUGAGGCAGGAAUUUCAAGUACCCGCAGUGGAAAGCGAAGACCACUAUGAAGAUAGUAAAUUAACUGAUAAAUCUGUGACCGACCAUCCUAUGGAUCUUCGAGUUAACAGUGCCAUUCAAAGAGGAAAUCCAUUAAAAGGUGAUAGUUCGAAAUCAGAAAAGAAACAUGAGACAAAAAUACUUGCUUCGCUUCUGCAGAAAUCUCGGUCGAUAUCUCCUGCACAGAAAGGCUGGGCAACGCAUACUCCUGGUCAUUAUUCUUACUCCCGAGCAAAUUGUCCAUCCAAAAAUUAUGAGCAUCAGAUUACUUUAACAAAUACAUUCAUUCGUGAUAUUCCAGAAUAUUUCAGCUCUAGCAAGGAAUCAUCUCAGCUAAACGCCGGACAAAUUUCAGUCAAUGAUUUAGAGUCUAGAAGUGCAUUAAAAAGUCAACUGGCAUAUCAAGAAAAUACGAUACUGAGACGUGCACUUGAACAGAAGCGUAACACCUUUCCUCCAACGAAUACAGAAGAUAUAUGCGUUGUGUUUGACAGCAAUCGAGAGUUACCUAGCGCUUUCAGGCGAAUUUCAAAGGAUUGCCACUUGCGAAUCGAAUCAAAAGUGUCAGCUGAUAAAGAAGUUAAAGAAUUUGUUCCAAACUAUCGAAAAUUUUAUUCCCGAUGUAAUGAUCAAUCUCUUGCUUCAAAAGCAUCGGUGGAAGGAAUCACACCAGCACAAAAUUCAACUGUUACAGACUUUAAUCAUCGUGCUGUAAAUACUAGAGCAUGCUGUCCGUUAAAUGAGUCGAACAGUUACCUGCGAGCAGCUUUACUCACUCCCGUUAAUUCAUCGUCAGUGUAUUUCAGGAAUAAUUUAAAUAGUCAUGAUGCGAAACAAGUGGACAACAUGCAGUGUCUAAAAAGAAAACUUUCCGCGCCUAUUAAUACCUCUCUUAGUGAAGCAAACAGGAAAGAUGAAACCAUAAAACAUUUACUAGCUGCUUCGAACGAAGGGAAAUGGCUGUCGUUAAAACAUACAGAUCUCACGCCAGGGCUUCGGUGCCAGAUAGAAAAGGCUUGCAAAGAUGGGUUAAGAUGUGAAACUCAUUUAGGAAGCAGAAUCGGCAAUGCUGCUGAAAAGUCAUCACAAAUGGGACAUCAACAUGAGUCAGGUAAUAAACCUAUUCAUGUAUUCUAUUCACAAGCACUUCGUCCUCAUCCAGAUGACGUUGUUCUAAAAGGAUUAUUAAUCACUAACCCCAAAGUAGGGGCUCCAGUCUUACCCACAUCAGGACCACCAAGCUCUGGAUCUCCUGGAAGUGAAUCUACAUCAAGUGGAAGUACAGACUCCGGAGUUUUCAGUGAUACCAUUCCCGAUGAACGGAGAAGAAUAACAAGAGUACUCAGUGGUAGACACGUAAAAUCAGGCACUGGAGCUAGCUUGAGCACGCUAAGGCUUCUAAGGCAAAUGAUUAUUGAAAGACGAAGAAGAAAAAAUGAUCGUAAAUUGUAAUAGAACAUUCAUAUACAUUUUUAUUUAAAUUUGCUUCUUCAUUGACUGCUCAUUUGAUACCAUGUAACGUAACAGUAAAGAGUUAAGAAAAUUUGAUGGAAAAUAAAUUUCGCUUUACAUGCUGAAAUCCAAAUUUAGAUCUGUAAGCUCAAAGUUAAAUAAUUAUGCCUUAAAGAAAUACUUAAUAAUAACCAUUUUAUGGUAAUGAUCAAAAUUUCUUGAAAGAAUACUCUGUAAAUAUUUAUUUUUUAUAAACUAAAACAUGUACAUAUGCAAAUAGGUGCAAUUUAAAUGGUCAAGUAUUCAGCCCAGUUUCUAUGACAUUUUAUCAUGUAAAAGUUCAUAAUUCAUUGUAAAAAUAAACGCGAAUGUAAGCGGGUAAAAUGCAGGAUCUGACAGAAGUAACGCCUUUUUUUUUUUUUUUUUUUUUUUUUUAAGAAAGCAGUUGCGCAAGAUGAGCAGCAUACUUUACCAAAACUGCCGUAUGACAUGCUUCAUUAUUAUGUGCUUAUGGCUUUUUUGUAAGGAACUAGAAUAGCAAUGGUGUAGAAACAAUAUUUAAUGUAGAUUAUCUGCUCAUGAAAAAAGAUGCUACUUCUGCGGAACCCUGUAUAAAGCAGAUAAAAGACACUAUAGGAUGCACGUUUCUGUGCAAUAUUUAGAAACUUUAGUAUUUGAACUAAUGAAGGUUUGACUUCAUAAAUUCAAAAAUUAAAUUUGCUCAUAGGAAAACUGCAUCAAAUUUCAAAUACAUUUUGUUUUAUCACUGUAAUGUUACAUGGUAGAUUAUAGAAAUUUAUAUUUAUUUAAUUCUGUUUUAAACAACGUAGUUAAUAAACAUUUGAGUACUAUUUUCAGAAAGGUAUACGUGUGAUGUAACUUGGUACGGACCUGAACUUAAUGUUCACUCUCUUCCAAUUUUUGAACCAUUGUGCAUUCUCUUCAAGUUUUUGAAUUAAAAUUCCUUUCAGAAACAA